CCCCCCUCCCUCCCCGUCACCUCUCACACCCCCCUUCAAGCACUCGUCUCCACCUCCACCUUCUCCUAGCAGCCUGGUGUGUCAAGAAGAGAGAUGAAAAAUCUGUAACAAAAAACAAAGAGGCGAGUAGGGGUUGGCUUUUUUUUUUUCUUCUAGUUUCUUGGGAUCGGAACAGGCGUCACGGCGUGUGCAGGGGGCAGCGCGAGGAGUACGGAAAGGAGGAGGCGACAGCGGAGCGUAAACACGACAGAAAACGGGCGAAUAGAGCGGCAGACAGCGGUGAGCCCCCACCACCACCACCACCACCACCACCUUCUCAUCUCCAUCCCGUUCGUUUGUUACGCUGUUUGACUCGGUGGCUCCGCUCGCCAGAGUAGCUCCUCGUUAGCUCCGGGUUUCUGCGGAAUAAACGUCGGAGGCAGAAAUAAGGAGGCUGUGCGCGAGCGCCAGCGGCGGCGGCGCAACGAACCGACGGGAUUCCCGGCGAGAUCAGGACGCUUCCGUGGAUAAAACCCCGGAGAGGAGAGUCGGGAGAGGCAAAGAGGAUUGUAGCUGCUGAGCAGGAGCGGAGCGGAAACCCUUCCACCGACCCCCCGGUUCUUCCCUCCGACUCUCCAGCAUCACCAAUGCGAUGGCAUAGCGGCUCCUGCAGCAAAACCGAAAGGCUCGAGUCAGAUCGGCGCUGCUCGUCUCCACCAUGAACCUCUGAAAAGACAUCCGACACGGGCACAGAUGGGCAGGAUCGCUCGGCAGGAACAUUGUGGAAGCAACCGCUGACAUGAGCAACCUGGAUUAGUUUCGACGGUCAUGGCUUGGCUUAGAUGGCCCAGGGUUUCUGGUCGGCUGGAUUCACCCCAAAAAUGGCGGCUGCUCCAUCCGAUGAAAAUGCGGCGGCACAGAGUGUUCUUGCUGUGCACGGUGGGUCUGUGUGUCAUCUCCUUCCUCCAUUACUACAAGGCCCUGCACUACGUCUCCCUGCUGCGCGAGCUCUCCGCUCCGUACCCCAACAUCAAGUCCUUCAUCAUGGUCUCGGGCUUCUUCUGGAGGGAGAAGGGCGUCGCCUCCACCCCGCUCAGUCCCGCCUCUCCCGAAGAGGCCCCGCCGCUGCCCGUCCUCCGCCAGGGCGCGGUGAAGCCUGGCGGAGGGGCGGGGUCUUUGGGGGACGGAGGCGGAGGAGGGGGAGCGGUAGACCCGGGAGCGUUGGAUGCCAACGCCAGAGUCGCCGGCAUGGCCGGCCUUAAGCAUUUCGAGGUGAGAGCGAUGAAGGAGCCGGAGCCCCCGCAUCCCUGGGAAAAACCAGAGGAGAACCAGCUGGGAGACUCGCCAAGAGAGAAACAAAGUGACGAUCGUCACGUUGACCCCAGCCUACAAAAACUGCGGGAACAAUUAGGGAAAGAAAAGCUGUCCAACCCGAUAAAGUCCAUGGGAGACCUUCACACCCGCAGUCACCAGCUCCAGGAUGACAAAACCUCGUAUUUUGUGCGCACGAGUCGUGGGGCCUACUGUUUCAGACAGGGGACGGAGAUUAAGGAAUCCUCUGUAAAAGCAGCAGCGGGUGCAGCUGGUGACGUUUUGGACGUGGAUAAAGCCGCUCAGCGGAAACCUCUGGGGCUUCAGCAGCAGCAGCAGCCCGGAAAGGCAAAGGGCAAAGGUCAGCCUUUGGGCAGCGGGAAGCAGCUGGUGAAGUGUGUUUGCCGACCGGGCUGGCACGGACCUUACUGUGGGGUUCCUACCAUGGUGUACCACUCCAACCUGCCGACGAAGGAGCGGCUGACGCCCAGAAAGACGCCGCGGAGAGUCAUCAACGCCAUCAACAUCAACCACGAGUUCGACCUGCUGCACACGCGCUUUCACGAGCUUUCGCGGGCCGUGGAUUUGUUCCUGGUGUGCGAGUCAAACUUUACCGCAUAUGGAGAGAAACGGCCGCUGAGCUUCCUGCGUCUCCUUCUGAACGGAACGUACGACUACGUCCGUCAUAAGAUCCUCUACGUGUUCCUCGACCACUUCCCCGACGGCGGCCGGCAGGACGGGUGGAUAGCCGACGACUAUCUGCGGACGUUCCUAACGCGGAACGGCUUGUCCAGGGUGAAGGGGGCCAGGUCGGACGACGUGUUCGUCAUCAACGACGCCGACGAAAUCCCGGCGCAGGAAGGCCUCCUUUUCCUCAAGCUGUUCGACGGCUGGACCGAACCGUUCGCCAUACACAUGCGAAAGUCUUUGUACGGCUUCUUCUGGAAGCAGUUCGGGACUCUGGAGGUGGUGUCUGGCUGCACGCUCGGGAUGCUCCGCGACGUCUACGACGGCGACGGCAUCAAGCUGCGGCGCCGCGAGUACUACACCAUGCCGGGCUUCCGCAAGUACGAGAACGACACGGGCCACAUCCUGGUGCAGUGGUCUGUGGGGAGCCCCUUCCACUUCGCCGGCUGGCACUGCUCCUGGUGCUUCACGCCCGAGGGGAUUUACUUCAAGCUGGUGUCGGCGCAGAACGGGGACUUCCCCAGGUGGGGGGACUACGAAGACAAACGCGACCUCAACUACAUCCGGGAACUGAUCCGGACAGGGGGCUGGUUUGACGGCUCCGUGCAGGAAUAUCCCCCAGCGGACCCCAAAGAGCACAUGUUUGCCCCCAAGUACAUGCUGGAGAACCAUAAAAGGUAUCACUACCUCCUAGAGAACCCUUAUAAACACAAAGUCCAGAACGAAUGAAGUCUGAGAGACCACGCUUUGGGAAAAUACCUAACAGAAGUGCCCGAGAGUGGCCUUCGCACUGAGCUCUGGAGGUGGGCUGACGCCGACGGACGAAAUCUCGACGGACGACAAUGACGAAGGCGAUGCAGGGAUUUAAAAGCUCUUCAGAUUAUUUUCGGGUUUUAAAAAGGGAACACAAAAAUGACAACAAUGGGUUUACAAGUUCAGCGUUGGUGGGACGAAACCACUGGAUGAACAAAAAAAAAAAAAAAUCACUGCUUUCCCCAUCGUUCCCUCAUCACAGUGAGAGGCGAAGCUAUUCCUCCUCGCCCGCUUACUUUGUAUCUCAUCCGCCACUGGAUACACUUGUAGGAAGAAAAAUAAAUUUAAAAAAAAAGGCAGGGAAGCAACAAGCGUUUUUAUUUUAUUUUAUUUUUUUGCCUGUUCCUGUCUGCUUUCACUGAAGUUUACAGCCUGCCAGACGCUCGGCUUUCAACCCCGUCGCCCUCUGAUGUCUUCCUGUCGUAAUCGGUGACCUCCUUCCAGAGCCGGACGCAUGUUCAGAAGCAAAACAUGGAGACCUGAAGGUCUGCUGAGAGUACCAAACAAGUAUCGCAGGCUUCUGCUCACGUUCAUGGUCAUGCACCUUAAGCUCGUCUGCGUGGUUGUAAAUAGUGUGCGUGUGUAGCCGUGUGUGUGUGUGUGUGUGUGUGUGUGUGCGCUCUGUGUUUGUGCCGUUCGGACUAAGAAAAUCAAAGCGAGUGAAGAAGGUUCAUGAAGAAAAAAGUGUGCCGAAAUGAAAAGGAAAUAAAAUGAAAGACCACAUGGAUGGUGUGCACUGAGUUGGGAGUGUGUUUUCCGGAGCUCACGGACCGAUUUGAGCGAAACGUUUUGGUCCCAUCAGGGGAGAACCGAGAGAAGCUUCAGGCUUAGGUUUUCAGAUCUGUCCGGUUAGCAGCUGGGGUCGCCAGGUUUUCCUUGAAACCUUGCAGAGAGUGUGGCGCGAGGAUGUUCACACAUCGGUGCUUAGCUAUGUCUGAACACUAGAAGUCCCCUGGACGAGUCUUUAUGCGCCGCUGCCAACUUUCCUGUCUCCAUAUUCCUUCUUAUGUCCCAUCUUGUUUUCCAUUCUCCUUUUUUACGCUCUUUAAGUUCCUCAUCUUCAUGUGUUGAGUCAGAUGAGUUGAAAUUGGCCCAGUUUUUCAUUUUGCCAUCUGUUAGAAAUACACCAGUCAUUCAGGAAGACGUUGCAACCUGCCAAUAUUCUCCUGAUUGGCUCUGAUCAAUGAGUGCA